UCCCAACAGCCACCAAUUCACACCUUCCUUUCCCGUUCCCUAAUUGUGUCGAUUGUCGCGCAUUCAGAAUGGCUGAGCAGUUGGUUCUGAAGGGCACCCUUGAGGGCCAUAAUGGCUGGGUGACCAGCUUGGCUACCUCUAUCGAGAACCCCAACAUGCUGCUCUCUGGCAGUCGUGACAAGACCCUCAUUAUCUGGAACUUGACACGCGAUGAGACCCAAUACGGCUAUCCCAAGCGAUCCUUGCACGGCCAUUCUCACAUUGUCUCGGACUGUGUCAUUUCCUCCGACGGUGCCUACGCUCUGUCCGCUUCGUGGGACAAGACUCUCCGACUCUGGGAGCUUUCGAGCGGCACCACCACUCGUCGCUUCGUCGGCCAUACCAACGACGUCCUCUCCGUCUCUUUCUCUGCCGAUAACCGCCAAAUCGUCUCCGGUUCUCGCGACCGGACCAUCAAGCUUUGGAACACCCUAGGCGACUGCAAGUACACCAUCACGGACAAGGGCCACACCGAGUGGGUUUCCUGCGUCCGCUUCAGCCCUAAUCCCCAGAACCCUGUCAUUGUCUCCAGCGGCUGGGACAAGCUUGUCAAGGUUUGGGAGCUCAACACCUGCAAGCUGCAGACUGACCACAUCGGACACACCGGCUACAUCAACACUGUCACCAUCUCUCCCGACGGUUCUCUCUGCGCUUCGGGCGGUAAGGACGGUACUACUAUGCUUUGGGAUCUCAACGAGUCGAAGCACCUCUAUUCCCUCAACGCCAACGAUGAGAUCCAUGCCCUCGUCUUCUCCCCCAACCGCUACUGGCUCUGUGCUGCCACUGCUACCAGCAUCAUCAUCUUCGACCUCGAGAAGAAGAGCAAGGUCGACGAACUGAAGCCCGAAUUCACUGCCGUCGGCAAGAAGAGCCGCGAGCCCGAGUGCGUCAGCUUGGCCUGGAGCGCCGACGGCCAGACUCUCUUUGCUGGUUACACCGACAACAUCAUCCGCGCCUGGGGUGUGAUGUCAAGGGCAUGAACUCCCAGACGGGGAUGACGGAAUGGUGUAGGUGAAGCCUUGGCUAGGAACACGGUAGAUCAUGGCGGGCGUCCCAGGCUGGCGUCUCGUUUGUCCUUGGGAUGCACAGGAUUGGUCAAUCGACAUGAUUAAGGGGAUGAAUGAUUACAUUGCUGGCUAAUAGGUACGUAGCCAAACAAAAAUGGACAAUGGACAGUGGUCAUGAUCAUAGAGACGACCGUCAUGCAUUUUCUAUGGAAGACAAAUAUUAAAUUGUCGGCCGUUGAGACCUUGUGGCUCAAUACAAGAACAUCUGGAAUUGGUAUUUUCAACCGUUCCGUAUCUCACAGUAUCGCCAUUGAUUUAAGCCCAGGGUACGUUUAUAAGCAUUUAUAUCGCACGUCAAAAUAGCACUUGUAUAGUAAACCUGAUAGAGCAGAAAUCUCGUGUGUGUGUAUGAUAUUAAGUUAUAUCUAAUUCAUAUAGGUCUUUUAUAC